AUGAACUGUACAAAUAGUAAUUAUCCGAAACGUACACGACCCACGAAGAUGCCCCAAAAGCCGCUUAAAGUCACUAAGAAAGUCAAAGACCCACGUAGGGUUACAAAGAAGCAGAAAAACUUAAGGAAAGCUGCUCCGUUGCAAUUGAAAUCUAAAAAGAAAUCAUUACAAUAUAUGAAGAAAUUAAGAAAGAGCUCCUCUCUUACGGAAACUACCGAAAGAUUGGUUGCAAGUAAAGUCGGCCACUUGGAGCUGUUGAGGGGUACUAGAAAAGAACUGGAAAAGGGCAAAAAAGCUUCCAAAUAA